AUGGCUCAAACGUCAUCGUUCAAAUCGUCAAUACACAAUCAAGUGUGCAAUUCAAAUAUUGACAAUGACAUUGCACGGCUUCCUUCAAUAAAAUCAUCUCAACAAGUAGUUCCAUCAAAUAUUCAUGAUGAUUUAUGUGAAAUUAGAAUUUUCCCGCCAACAAGUCAAAAAUCAUCAUCACAAUUGCCAUCAUCCAAUCAUCGUACGCCAUUGUCAAAACAUUUAGUUCCUUUUACAUCAACCGAUGGUGGUGGUGGUGGCCAUGUAACAUCAUCGUCUGAAACUGGUACUCACAUAAAACCAACAAAAAUUCCUCUUCUUUCGAAUAAUUCCCGUGGUAGCUCGGUGUCAAUUCAAUCUCUCCCAAAACGAAUAAGUACACAACGUCGGCCAUCAAUAAACUCCUCAAAUCCAUAUAACCAUCGUUACUCAACAUCAAGACAAUCAAUAUUCGAUACACUUGCAACAACGUUAACAGCUGUACGAAAAAGUUCCACAUCAGCAUUUACUUUAGCACAUCAACGAUUGUCAUCUGAUAAUGGAAAUAUAUUUUCCGGUUAUCAAGGAGAUUUUAUUCGCCAAUCUCGUCAAUUACGUAAAGCUCGUAAGCAAGAUAUAAAAGCUCGUUUUGAAAAAUUUGAUUUAAAUCCAUCAACAGCACAUCGCUCGCAUUUCACAUUUAUCUUUGAUCCAAGUGGUCGUUUAUCAUAUUAUUGGACGUCAAUUAUAAGUCUGGCAUUUCUUUACAACUUUUGGAUAAUUAUAUUUCGCUUUUCAUUUCAUGAACUAACAUCGAAUAAUUUUAUACUAUGGUUUAUAUUUGAUUAUGCAUGUGAUUUUAUUUAUUUAAUGGAUAUUAUGUUUAAUUUUCGUACAGCUUAUUUAGAAGAUGGAGUUUUACAAACAGAUCCAAUUAAAUUACGUCACUACUAUAUGAAUACAACAAGAUUUUAUAUUGAUUGUCUUUGUUUAAUGCCAUUGGAUUUUCUUUACCUCUCGAUUGGUUUUAAAUCGAUCGUUCGACUUUUUCGUUUAGUUAAAAUUUAUCGUUUCUGGACAUUUUUGGAUCGAACAGAACGUCAUACAAAUUAUCCAAAUUUAUUUCGUACUAUUGUUAUGAUACAUUAUUUAUUAGCAAUCUUUCAUUGGAAUGCAUGUUUAAUAUAUAUAUUGCAAACACGAUCGAAAUUAGCUUCAACAAAACGUUUUGCAUUUACAUUUAAUGAUAGUGGCUCGGAUUAUUUCAAAGCUUUAUAUUGGUCAAUAACAAUAUUAACAUUAACGCAAAAUCAAGAAACAAAACCAGUAUCAAAAGAAGAUUAUAUUUUUCUAAGUACUCAAAUGGUCUUUGCUUUAUUAUUAUUUGCAACAAUUAUGGGACAUGUUGCAUCCAUUGUAUCUAAUUUGAGUAAUUCAAGAAAAGAUUUUCAAGCGAAAUUGGAUGCUGUUAAAACAUAUAUGUCGUUAAGGGAUGUUCCUAACAACCUUGAAGAUCGUGUUAUACGAUGGUUUGAUUAUUUAUGGAUGAGUCAUAAAUCAGUUGAUGAUAAUCAUGUUCUAUCAUUAUUACCAUAUAAACUUCGUGCUGAAAUAGCUAUUCAUGUUCAUUUAGACACCUUGAAACGAGUGGAAAUAUUUCAAAAUACAGAAGCUGGCUUUUUAAAUGAAUUAGUUUUACGUCUUAAACCGGUUCUGUUUUCUCCAGGUGAUUUCAUUUGUCGUAAAGGUGAAGUUGGCAAAGAAAUGUAUAUUGUCAACCGAGGAAAAUUACAUGUUAUGGCUGACAAUAAUAAAACUGUUUUAGCAACAUUAAAAGCUGGCUCAUAUUUUGGAGAAAUAAGUAUUUUAAAUAUGGGUAGCGGCAAUCGACGAACAGCAUCAGUACGAUCAGUUGGUUAUUCAGAUUUAUUUUGUCUUUCCAAAGAAGAUCUUUGGGAAGUAUUAAAAGAAUAUCCAGCUGUACGUGUCAAACUUGAAUCAAUAGCUGUUAAACGUCUUGAAAAACAUAAAAAACCACUAAUACAACUAAUUAAUUUAAAACGCAGUAAAAGUGCUCCGGGUUUAAUUGAAACGAGUUAUCGUGUUCUAUUUCAUGCACCUGUUCGUCGAACUGGCAGUGGUAUUCAACGGCGUUCAUCAGUAAAAGAAUCUGAUAUAGGAGCAGUUGCAACAUUGUGUCCUCCAUCGGAUUACUAUCAACAAUCAUUAACUUCUUCGAAUUCAUUUUUAACUGUUGCACCAAUUGCUUCAUCAAUAAGUGUGACAUCAUCGUAA